UCUGAGAUGGGAUCAUUCUUCCCGUCUCAGGGAUGCCAUGAAGACAAAAUAAGUGCCAACAACAUGCCCAAGCAGGUGGAGGUACGAAUGCACGACAGCCAUCUCAGCUCAGAGGAACCGAAGCAGCGGCAUCUAGGCUUGCGUCUGUGUGACAAGCUGGGGAAGAAUCUCCUGCUCACGCUAACCGUGUUCGGUGUCAUCCUGGGGGCGGUGUGUGGAGGGCUUCUUCGCUUGGCAUCUCCUCUCCACCCUGAUGUGGUCAUGUUAAUAGCCUUCCCAGGGGAUAUACUCAUGAGGAUGCUAAAAAUGCUCAUCCUCCCUCUCAUCAUCUCCAGCUUAAUCACAGGGUUGUCGGGCCUGGAUGCUAAAGCCAGUGGGCGCUUAGGCACAAGAGCCAUGGUCUAUUACAUGUCUACAACCAUCAUUGCUGCCGUGCUGGGGGUCAUCCUGGUCUUGGCUAUCCACCCGGGGAACCCCAAACUCAAGAAGCAGCUGGGGCCCGGGAAGAAGAAUGAUGAAGUGUCCAGCCUGGAUGCCUUCCUGGACCUUAUUCGAAAUCUCUUUCCUGAAAACCUGGUCCAAGCCUGUUUUCAACAGCUCACUUAGCAUCUCUUUGCUCUGGGAUUCCCCUUUCUUGCCUUUUUUUUUUCCCCCCCAUUACCUCUUUCCUUAUUUUUUGGUUCCCCUCUGUGUGCUGUCGAAGGGCACAUUUUUAUCACUUUUGCACACAACCCUCUAGAGUGCCCAGGGGGUCUCAGUAGUGGUAGUAUAGCAAAACCUCAUGGGGUAGAUUUAAAAAAUACACAUGCCCUACAGAAUCAGAAUCUCUAGUGUGGGCCCAGGGAGUGGGUAUUUUCAAAUUGUGGAAGUAAUACAUGAGGGUUGUAAAAAGUUUAAACAGUGUAGAUGCACCUAAGGAGUCAAGUCCUCACUUCCCUUCCCUAGAACUAGUCAUGUUGGGAAUUUUGUUUCCUUCCACAUAUAUAGUAUGCAUGUGUGCAUGAUCUUUUUUUAAAGAUUUAUUUAUUUAUUUAUU